AUGAGUAGUUAUUGUAAUUUGAUUAAACGCGAUAUAAGCACAUUCGACAAAGAACACAGGGUUCUGCAUUUGCUGCGGAAAUAUUUAGGUGAAUAUGUCCAUGGACUCUCAGCUGAAGCUUUAAGAAUCAGCGUCUGGAAGGGAGAUGUUGUUCUUAAGGACUUGAAGUUGAAGGCGGAAGCACUAAAUUCGUUAAAGCUUCCCGUAACUGUCAAAGCUGGAUUUGUUGGUACUAUAACGCUAAAGGUUCCAUGGAAAAGUCUAGGGAAAGAACCUGUGAUUGUUCGUAUUGAUCGUGUCUUCAUUCUUGCUCAUCCUGCUCCUGAUGGACGGACACUCAAGGCUGAAGACAGGGAAAAACUUUUUGAAGCCAAGCUUCAUCAGAUUGAGGAGGCAGAGUCAGCAACUCUCGAAGCUAGAUCUAAAUUGGGAAAUCAACCUGGUGGAAAUUCAUGGUUGGGUUCACUCGUUGCUACUAUCAUUGGGAACCUCAAGAUCUCCAUUACCAAUGUCCAUGUCAGAUAUGAGGAUACCAUCAGUAACCCAGGCCAUCCAUUUUCUUCCGGUGUUACGCUGGCAAAGCUUGCUGCUGUUACAAUGGAUGAACAUGGAAAUGAAACUUUUGAUACCAGUGGUGCGCUAGACAGAUUGCGGAAGUCGUUGCAACUUGAUAGACUCGCGGUGUAUCACGACUCUGACACCCUUCCCUGGAAGAUGGAUAAGAAGUGGGAAGAUCUGAACCCAAAUGAAUGGAUUGAGAUCUUUGAAGAAGGUAUUAAUGAACCUUCAGCUGGUCACAAAGUGGCUUCUUCGUGGGCUCAAAAUCGCCAGUAUUUGGUAUCACCAAUCAAUGGUGUUCUAAAAUACCAUCGUCUUGGAAAGCAAGAAAGAGUAGACCCAGAAAUUCCCUUUGAGAAGGCAUCACUUGUUCUGAGCGAUGUUUCUUUAACAAUUACAGAGGCUCAGUACCAUGACUGCCUAAAACUCCUAGAAGUAGUUUCGAGAUAUAAAACACAUGUUGAUGUUUCUCACUUGAGACCCAUGGUGCCAGUUUCGGAGGAUCCUCAUGUGUGGUGGCGAUAUGCUGUUCAGGCUGGUUUGCAGCAGAAGAAAAUGUGCUAUCGCUUCUCAUGGGACCGAAUUCGAUAUCUUUGUCAGCUUCGUCGACGUUAUAUUCAGUUAUAUGCUAGUUUGUUGCAACAGCUAAAAGUUGAUAAUUCUGAGAUUAGAGAAAUUGAGAGAGAUCUGGAUUCGAAAGUAAUCCUUUUGUGGAGGUUACUUGCACAUGCUAAAGUCGAGUCUACAAAAUCUAAAGAAGCUGCACAGCAAAAUAGUCAAUUAAAGAGAAGCUGGUUUUCUUUCAGAUGGUAA